AUGGACGAAUAUGUCCUGUUACUGAAAGUAGAUAGUAGUGGCAUUUUAGGACUCGCCGACCAUUCUAUUUCUCUUCUUGCACAAUUAGGAUAUAGGAGGUUUGGUUAUUGUAUAGGCAACGUAAGUGACACAUCAUAUUCCAAUCAUAAGUUGUUUCUUGGGAACUCAGUUGCCCUAUUGGGUUAUAAGACUUCAUUGGUUGUGGACACCAAGUACUAUAUUAAUUUGGAAAAAAUCAUGGUUAACGGUGAUGUAUUGGCUAUUGAUAGUAACAUAUUCAAAAAAAAGGGUAACAUCGGCGGAAUGGUGGUUGACACCGGCUCAACUUAUACCUACAUGCCACUCUUGGCGGUGAAAUCUUUCGAGAUAGCUGUGAUGAAUAUUUUUGAUGAAGAUGAAGAUGAAGAUAAGUUUACCAUAAAUAACACCUUCUCACGUGGAGGAUACAUGAAGUUGUGCUACGAUGGAGAUGUAAAGCAAGAUUUGGGAUCUUUUCCACCUGUCGAGUUAAUAUUCGAGCGUGGCGCAACUAUGGACCUAACCGCCGAUAACAUUUUUCAUCAAAUUUCCAAAUCAUCUUUUUGCUUAGGAAUCCUACCCAUUGAAAUUGUGGAUAAAGGUGCUACAAUAAGCAUUCUAGGGAACCUGAUCCAGCAACAAUUCUUCACAAGCUUUGACUUGGAUAAAAAGGAAUUUGCAUUCGAAAGAAUGGAUUGCGCAACAUGGGAUUAA